GCGCUGGGCGGGGGCGGGGGGCUCUGCCGGGGGGGCCCCGGCACCGGCACCGGCAGUAGGCCUGGUGACACCGAGAGCUGCCGGGUGAGCCUGAGCCUGGAGCACUCCUUCGAGCUGGAUGACGCCCCACGGUUCCGGCGCCGGGGGACGCUGGCGCUGAGCUUGGGCCCCGAGCCGGCAGUGGCGCUGGCCCAGAAACCGCUCGGGGACGAGGAGCGCGCCCGGCUCAGGGAGGUGGCAGCGCGGGACGGGCUGUACCGGGUGCGGGUCCCCCGCAAGCCCCUGGGCCCUGGCGAGGAGGGGGGCACUGAGUUCGUCACCUCCUUCGUGCGGGCCUGUGCCCUGCUGGAGUCGCACCUGUCAGAUCAGCUGACGCUGCACCUGGACGUGGCCGGGAACGUGGUGGCCCUGGGGGUGGUGGCAGCUCCGGGGACCUGCCGGGGCACCGAGGUGGAGGACGUGGACCUGGAGCUCUUCAACAGCUCGGUGGCCCUGAGGCAGCCCCUGCCUGCAGCCACCCCUGAGACGGCCGCGUUCAUCCGGCACCUGGAGCAGGAGCAGGCGCAGCGCGCCCGGAACCCCCAGGAGCAGAAAUCCUUCUUCGCCAAAUACUGGAUGUACAUCAUCCCCAUCGUCCUCUUCCUCAUGAUGUCCGGAGCUCCCGACGCCGGGGGGGCACAAGGGGGGGGCACAGGGGGUGGAGGGGGGGCGGGGGUCAGCGGCGGCGCUGCUCGGCGAGCCCGGGAUCCCUCAGCUCGGCCCGGAGCCCUCGGGACCCCCGGAGCCCUCGGGACCCCCGAAGCGGCCGGCAUGGCGGAGGGCGGCCCGCGGCGGCUGCGGCCCUGGCUGCUGGCGCAGCUGCGGAGCGGCCGCUUCCCGGGGCUCCAGUGGGACGACGCGGCUCAAACGGCGCUGAGGAUCCCCUGGGCCCACGGCGGGCGGAGCGGAGCCAAGGACGGGCCGGGGGCGGCGCUUUGCAGGGCGUGGGCGGAGUACAAGGGGCGGGUGCGGCCCGGGGACCCCCCCGACCCCGCAGGGUGGAAGACGCGGCUGCGCUGUGCCCUGGCCCGGAGCCCCGAGUUCCGACUGCUGCCGGGCCGGGGCCGUCCCGACGGGCCCAGCCCCUACCGCGUGUACCGGCUGCUGCCCGCCCGCGGAUCUUGA